AUGGACUUUCAAUUAACAAAAGGAGCUGAUUAUCUUGAAGGAAUUACACAUUUACGAACAUUAAAUGAUGCUCAACAAUUGAGUAUUGAACUUAAUGAAUCAGCAAGGAAUGUUGCAAUUAUUGGCUCUGGAUUUUUAGGAUUUGAAAUUUCUAGUUUGAUUUAUCCAAUAGCAAGAAGUGUCUCAAUUUAUGGUAAAGCAUCUACACCUCUAACAUUAUUAGGUUCAGAAGUCGGAAAUGAAAUAAGAAAAUUUAUUCGAGAACAGGGAGUAAUAAUUCGUCAAGAUUCAGUUCUACGUUCAAUGGGAGGAUUUGACCGUGUUGAAGAUUUAAAAUUUCGUGAUGGAAUGACAGCUAUUGCUGAUACAGUUAUUGUUGCUAUUGGUAUAAUGCCAAGUACUUCAAUUCUUAUGGGUUCAGGUAUUAGAACAAAUGCAGAAGGUUAUAUUCUUGUAGAUGAAGCAAUGAGAACAAAUAUACCUAAUGUUUAUGCGUGUGGAGAUUGUGUUAAUUUUCCUAUUUCUUUUAAUUCUGGACAAUUUGGUGAACGUAGAAUUAAUUUGCCCCAUUGGCAAGUUGCACAAUAUCAAGGUAAAAUAGCUGCAUAUACAAUAAUGGGUAUUUCUGCACGUCCUCGUCUUGUUCCCUUUCUUUGGAUUAGACUUUUCGAUAGACAUUUAACAUUUUCAAGUCUUGACCCAACAAUUCCUGUAGAUGAACGUAUUCUUCGUGGUUCUCUUGCUAAUAAUGAUUUUGUUGCUUAUUUUCUUAAAUCUGAUAGAGUUGUUGGGGUAGCUAAUUGUGGGCCGGCAAAUGUUGCUAUACAAUUUAUGGAAAUAUUUAAACGUGAUAAAAUUGUUACAAAAGCUGAGAUAUUAGCUAAUAAAACAAAUGAUUGGAAAAGAAAAUUUGAUGAAUAA